AUGGGCAGGGAAAGCGACGGCAGAAACUUGACGGCUCACGUGUACACAGUACGUGAUGCUUCUUCCCGGCAGUGUCAGAGAGGCUCGGGCUCGCCGUCACACCAAACGGGACCCUACAGGGAGAGGAAUUCCCGAUCUCGCUGUGACGUCACGGGAGAUCGGCCAAUCAGAGACGGUGCUGAGCGGUCACUGUAG